CAAUUCUAGUGCGCGCGCACUCGCGGCCCCAUCUUGCCGGCCGCAUCGGUGGCUCGAUCGGUGCAUAUAAGCGCGCGCUCCGCGGGCGGCAUCUGCACCGUGCACAUCCGCGUGCAGCACAGUGCGGGUCACUCGCUGCCACAGCCACCGCGCCUCAUGGCUUCCCCUGUCCUGUUCGCCGUGCUGCUCGUCGCGCUCUGCUCAGUUUUCGGAGCAGGGGAGGCGAGGGAAGAGGUGGAAGCAUCGGCAUUCCGGAGCCGGGCCACGGACCCGAACAUGCAGGUCAAGUUCGAUUUCACGCCGUUCCUCAUCCAGUACAAGAGCGGCCGCGUGCAGCGGCUCAUGGGCACGACAAUCGUCCCUCCGUCCCUGGACGCGCGCACCGGGGUCUCAUCCAAGGACGUCGUCGUCGACCAGAGCACCGGGCUCGCGGUGCGGCUCUACCGGCCUAGCCGCCGUGGCGUUGCCUCGGCCGGCGGCAGGCUCCCCGUGCUUAUAUACUUCCACGGCGGCGCGUUCGUCGUGGGGUCGGCGUUUGAUCCCGUGUACCAUAACUACCUCAACGUGCUGACGGCCAAGGCCGGCGUCAUUGCCGUGUCGGUGAACUACCACCUCGCGCCGGAGCACCCGCUACCCGCCGCUUACGACGACUCGUGGACGGCGCUCAAGUGGGUGCUCGAGAACGCGCGGCACGGCGGGGACCCUUGGCUCUCCAAGCACGGGGAAAUGUCCCGCCUGUUCCUCGCCGGCGACAGUGCCGGCGGCAACAUCGCGCACAACCUGGCCAUGCGAGUGGGCCAGCAACAGCACGGCGUGGGGGGCAGCGCGAGGAUCAAGGGCGUGGCACUGCUGGACCCGUACUUCCUGGGCCAGUACGUCGACCCGGCGGCGGCGAGGGCGUGGGGUUUCAUCUGCGCGGGGCGGUACGGUAUGGACCACCCGUACGUGAACCCGACGGCACUGCCGCCGCCGGCGUGGCGCCAGCUCGCGUCCGCGCGCGUGCUGAUGACGGUGUCGGACCAGGACGGCCUCAGCCCGUGGCAGCGCGCGUACGUGGACGCGCUCCGGGGCAGCGGGUGGGGCGGGCAGGCGCAGCUGUACGUGACGCCCGGCGAGGGUCACUGCUACUUCCUCAACAACCUCGCGUCGCCUAAGGCCGCCAGGCAUAUGGCCACGCUCGCUGCGUUCGUUAACAGCAGCUAGCCGACGAUCUCUCAUCGAUCGGCAACGUGGUACUCCGAUCAGUCAGUGCUCUGCAGCCAUCUGCUGUGAUAACCUUAUAAUAUACUACAUAGCAUAUAUUACUGUACAAGCCAGUGUCCGUGACCAGAGAUGUGCUUAGCAAUUACGUACUUUUUCUUCUUUCUUCUUCGAGUAGAAUUAUUUGUAACUGCAGUGCCGGUGAAUGCAUACUUCGGUUUCUCACUAGAACUUGGGAACGGAAAGGUAUAAGGGUGCUGCUAAAAAAGAGACGCCUGUUUUUUUUAA